AUGUCGUUCUUACGUCAUGCCCAUCCUUCAAAUGGUCUUCCCCCCCCCCCCCCCCCCACCCUUAAAAACUCAUUGAAUUGCACUGUAUGA